AUGCCACGCGCACGCCUAAUAUUCGUCGCAGCAGUGGUCGGAGCGCUGCAACAACCACCGCUGCGGCACCACAAAUUGACACCGCGAGCAGCAAUCGUUGCACCCACGGACGACGUCGGCAACGCCUGUGCGCUCGUCGGCGCGGCUUUAGCCGGACGCAGCCUCGGCACGCGGACCAAGGUCGGGAGGGCGCUGGGUGGCCCUGUCGCAGCAAUGGCCAUUACCUUCGCCGCCUCAUCAAUAGGAGCGCUCCCCGCGAACGCGCGCGCCGUGAGCGGCAUCCGCGACGCCGCGGUCCAGCUCGCGACGCCGCUACUGCUCUUGGAUGCGGACCCGCGCGCGCUGCUAGAGACGUCGAAGCCCUACGUGAAGGCCUUCGCCGUCGCCGUGGUGGGCACACUCUGUGCGACGGCUAUUGGCGCGCGUUUCGUCCUGCCGGCGCUCGCGUCGGCGCUGGGCCGCGGCGACGCCGUCGGCUCCAUCGCAUCGCUAUCCGCGAAGAACAUCGGCGGAGGGGUGAAUUUUUGCGCGGUGGCGGCGACGUUACGGGUGGGCGCAGUCGCGCAGUCCGUCGCGCUCGCGGCGGACAACGUCAUGGCCCUCGUCUAUUUCCCGCUCUGCAACUGGCUGGCCGGCGACCGCGACCCGUCGCCCGAUGCGGCAUCUGGGGAAUCUGGGGACGAAACGGUAGCCGUCGUCGACGCCGGCUCCUUGCUCGCCGCAUUAGGUACGGCGCUCGGCAUCCUCGCAGUGGCGUCGCGCCUGAGCCCGCGCGCGCCGCUGCCGGCCGCGACGUUGUGUGCCCUCGGUCUCGCGGCGGUGUUGCCCUCCGCGAAGGAGAGCCGGAACCGCCGGCGCCUGGACCGCGCGGCGAACGUGCUCUCCGAGACGCUGCUCUAUCUCUUCUUCGCGGGCGCGGGCGCGGCCGGCGGCGCGGCCGGCGCGUGCUUGGUCGACGCGGGACCGGCGCUCCUCGCGUUCCUCGGCUUCCUGUACGCCGGACACACGCUGGUCGUCUACGGCAUCGGCGCGCGGAUUCUGAGGCUACCGCGAUCGAUUCUGGCUGUAGCUUCGAACGCGGCAAUCGGCGGCCCCGCGACGGCUGCUGCGUUGUGCGCCGGCAAGGGGUGGGACGGCGCGACAGCACCAGCUGUCGCGGUGGGAACGAUCGGCUACGCGCUGGCGACGUUCCUCGGGCUAGCGACGGCACGAGUACUAUCAUAG